AUGGGUCCAGUUCGGCUUUCGGCGCUCCCUGCGCUAUUGUUUCUAGCUUUCGCAUCGGUCGUUCUGGUUGGCGCAGAGGAUUUUCUCGGGUUACCGACAUCGAAGUACGAGCACGAAUGGGCCAAGUACCGGCAACCUGACGGGCUACUGUCGCUCGACUACCUGAAGGAAGGCGGCGAUGGCGACAAGAUCAGAGGAAGGAAGGCCAUGGAGAACCUUUUUGAAGUCGUCUUCUGCUCCGCUCUCCCGUCGAAGCAAGUGCUCCCGAACAACCUCUUCCAGAACGGCGAGUUUUCUGAAGGCAUCAACCCGUGGCAAGGCUUCGGCUGGUCGUCCGUGUACGCGGUAAAGGACACCCGCUUAAAUUACGGUGUCUGCACAAAUCGCUCCGAAGCCUACUCCGGGCCGAUGCAAAGCGUGUCCAACCUGCCGGCCGCGUCGUACGAGAUGAUCGUCUGGGUCCGGCUGAACUCCGGCGACCGGCAGUAUGUGAACGCGAACGUUAACAUUAACGGCCAGUAUGUCUGCAUCGGCGGCGCGAUCGCAAAGUCUAAUUGCUGGACGAAACUCAUGGGCGGAUUCACGCUACACGACCCGCUGGAUAAAGCCAGUAUUUAUAUCCAGGGCGCGAGUCCCGGGACCGAGAUCUGGAUCGCGCAGGCUUCGUUGCGAAAGGUUGAUAAGGACGAAUGGCUGGCGCAGCAGAAGGCGAGCAUCGAGAAGCAUCGCAUGCGCGACGUGUCGUUGACGGUGACGGGAAAUAACGGGCAGCCUGUGGACGUGGUGAUUAACCAGAUUCAGUCGGAUUUUCCGUUUGGCGGGAACGUGAACGGCGCGAUCCUUUACGACACCAACUACCAGAAGUGGUUCAAAGAUCGCUUCAACUGGGCUGUGUUCAAUAACGAGGGCAAAUGGUACUUUAACGAGGGGUAUCGGCAGGGUGAAGAGAACUACACCGUAACAGACGCGAUGACCAACUGGUUCCGUGCGCGAAACAUCAACGUUCGCGCGCACAACCUGUUCUGGGCAGUCGAGAAUUUCGUGCAGUCGUGGGUAAAGGACCUCAACGACGAGGAUCUGUGGGCGGCGAUGCAGCGAAGACUGAACCAUGCGGUAACCCGUUACAAGGGGCAGGUGCAGCACUGGGACGUACUCAACGAGCCGCUUCACGGCAACUACUUCGCGGACCGUCUCGGGCCGCAGGUGCACGAGUGGAUGUACAAGGCUACUGCAGCGAUCGACAACAAAGCGCAGCUGUUUAUUAAUGAUUAUAAUACCGUCGAGGAGUGCGACGGCGUGUCGCAUCCCGAGUAUUACCUCGCGAAGGUUUGGCAGAUGACGACACGUGGCGCGCCGGUGACCGGGAUCGGCGUCGAGUCGCACUACAGCAAGGAACCCCAGCCGGCUCGUCUCCGCCACGAUCUGAACCAGCUGGCCGUCGCAGGCAUUCCCAUCUGGCUGACGGAGCUCGAUUUCAACAAGGUGCCUGACGACGCGAUCCGCGCGGACUAUUUCGAGUCGGUCAUGCGCGAGGCGUUCGCGCACCCCGCGGUGCACGGCAUCGUGAACUGGUCCGCGGGGCGCGCCUCGUGCGACAAGUACAAGGACGUGGAUCCCGGCAUGUGCAAGCCGUGCGAGGCGUGCUUCUCGGACUUUAACUACGUCGAUAACGAGCUGGGGAAGAGGUAUGUGCGUCUGCGCAAGGAAUGGAGCACACACCUCAACGCCAAGAUCUCCCCCGGGCAGCCGCUCGCGUUCAAGGGCUUCCACGGCACCUACCGCGCCCGCUUCCAGGUCAACGGGCAGACCGUCGAAAAAACUUUCCACGUGCCAAAUGCACAAGGCGUGGCGCAGAUUAGUAUCCAGCUGUGA